AUGCAGGGACGGGCGGUUGCCAUAUCUCGCGAGAAAAGGAACGCGUCCGUUCAGUCCUUUAUCAUUGGUUCUCGAGACUGCCUGUGCAUCGCCUGUGCAAAGACAGACCAACUGUAUCUGUGUGACUCAAAAGGGGAAAUCGGAGCAAUGGUUUGGUCCCUUGAUCAUACGAGGAUGCAGAGGACACAUGUCCGCGCCGUUCUAUGCCAAUGUUUGCGAAUGCUCGGAACCGUCCUAGCGCUCUUGGACAAGACAUCAUGCACAACGAUGUCGUUAUGCAUUCCGCCUACCCCUCCCCUUUCACCGGGCGAAUCAAGCAAGCGUAUCCAUGCCACACGUAUCUUUUGCGGUUUGAAUCCCAUCCGGCGGCAUUUGUGGUUUGUUUUCAUAUCGGGCGAAUACGUACAUACCACGUACCGUUCGAAGCCCCCACACGUACGACUUCUCCCUGUCUUGUCCAAAAGCAGUGAACACGGCAUGAAUAUCUCUUGCAUAGCAGGCUAUAUCCCAGCCGUGAUAUGGAACUGGGGGGUUAAAGAGUGA